AUGAUGUACGUUUUCAACCGUAACGGUGUAUGUCUUCUCUACAAAGAAUGGAAUCGUCCUCUUCAUACUCUUAAUCCUCAACAAGAUCAUAAGCUCAUGUUUGGUCUUCUCUUCUCACUCAAAUCUCUCACCGCAAAAAUGGAUCCAGUCAAUGCGGAUAAAGGGAAUUUAGGGGUUCCACAAUUGCCAGGACAAGGAUGUUCUUUCCAUAGUUUUCGUACGAAUACUUACAAGCUUAGCUUCAUGGAGACUCCCUCUGGUAUUAAGAUUAUCUUAGUAACUCAUCCAAAGACUGGAGAUUUACGUGAAGCGCUAAAGUACAUCUACAGUUUAUACGUUGAAUACGUGGUGAAAAAUCCUAUAUACAGCCCAGGAUCUCCAAUCAAGUCGGAGUUGUUCAACACUGCACUUGACCAGUAUGUAAGGAGCAUCUCAUAG